AUGCACCGCCUUCCCCCGUGUGCGGGGCGCCAGUCGGUCCAGGAUUGCGUGUCUCACGCCCGCGGACAGCUCCUAGCUGGGCACUUUAAGUGCCGAAAGUCCGGGCAGCGGCGGACGAGCUGCACGGUGGCGUCCAGCGCGAUAGCUCAGUGCGCUGCCGCGGGUGCCGCUGCAGCGGCGGUUGGGGGAGCGGUGAUCGGCUGUGCGACGUGGCGGGCGGCCUUGAUGAAGGCUGAUAUACGGACGGAGGGGCAAUUCAACCUCUCCGUGCUCUCCCGGUGUUCGGCGCUCCUGAGCGAGUGCCGGCGCUUCUUCCUGUGUUUCAACGGCCACGCGGAGACGAUAUGGGGGGCCUGGCUGCGCAGACACCCUCGGUUGGCUCUGCGGAGGGAGAUACUGCGCCUUGACGACGGAGGUGUCGUCUCACUGGACUGGCAGCGCCACACACCGCAGGACGUCCCCACAGACGCCCCAAUCGUCAUUCUGGUAGCGGGCUUGGCUGGCGGCAGUGAAGGCACAUAUGUCCAAUAUGCGAUGCAGACUGCGGGCAGCAUGGGUAUGAGAUCAGUGGUGUUCAAUUGUAGAGGAACAGCAGGUGGCCCAGUAACGACACCUCAAUUUUAUUCUGCAUCAUACACCAUGGACCUCAGGGCGGUGGUGGCCUAUCUUCAAAAAACGCAACCUGGUGUGCCCCUUUUGGCGAUGGGGUGGUCACUGGGUGCCAACAUUCUUUUGAAUUACCUUGGGGAGGAGGGCCAACAGAGCCCAAUCAAAGCAGCUGUGUCGCUUGUGAAUCCUUUUAAUCUGGUGAUCUCAGACAAGGCUCUCAAGAUUGGCGUGGCAAGACUGUAUGACAGGAACCUUGGCUUGGCGAUGCGCAAGCUGUUUCAGCCACAUGUUGCCCUCUUCAGAGGACACGCAGAGGAGCACCGAAUACAAGCAGCGCUGAAUGCUCAGACUGUCCGGGAUUUCGACGAUGCCAUCACCCGCGUUUCAUUUGGUUGGCCUAGCGUGGAUGCAUACUACAGAGCAUCUGGGAGCUGCAACAAGAUUUCUGGAAUCCAAGUCCCAUUCCUUUGCCUCCAAGCACUCGAUGAUCCAAUAGCUGUCAAGGAAGCCAUUCCUUAUGAUCAACUUAAAGCCAACACCAAUUGCACACUCGUCUUGACCCCUACAGGUGGACACCUUGGGUGGGUCCAAGCAACAGCACCCUUUGGGGCCCCAUGGUCAGAUGUUGCUGCUGUCGAGUGGCUUGUAUCUGUGCUUCAAGAACUAGAAGAUCGAGAUACAGCCCGUUGCAAUGAUGGGGGUGGGAGGCGUGAUACUACAGAGGGAGCGACUGGCAAUGGUGCUGAGCCAGCAAGGGAUGACCAGUUUGAGGCCUUCCAAAGCACUGCUAGAUGA